UUAGCUGAGAAGCACAUGGUGAAUUGUUAUUGAAGAUAAAGGGUGAAGUGGGGAAAGACUUUACUUGCUGGGCAUUUCCAGGGAUGCUACUGUAACUCAACGGAGGGCUCCUAUGUGAAGAAAUGCUGUAAGGGCUUCUGCAUCGACAUCCUGAAGAAGAUCUCCAGGAUCGUCAAGUUCACCUACGACCUCUAUCUCGUCAACAACGGCAAGCACGGCAAGAAGAUCAACAACGUCUGGAACGGGAUGGUCGGAGAGGUGGUGUAUAAGAAGGCAGUCAUGGCGGUGGGAUCUCUGACCAUUAAUGAGGAGCGAUCUGAGGUCAUUGACUUCUCUGUACCCUUCGUAGAGACCGGCAUCAGUGUAAUGGUAUCCCGUAGCAACGGAACAGUGUCACCCUCUGCGUUUCUGGAGCCCUUCAGUCCUUCCGUGUGGGUGAUGAUGUUUGUGAUGCUGCUCCUCGUCACGGCGAUAGCCGUUUUCCUCUUCGAGUUCAUCAGUCCACUGGGCUUCAACAGAAACCUCGCUCAGGGCAAAGAUCCCCAUGGUCCGUCCUUCACCAUUGGCAAAGCGGUGUGGCUGCUGUGGGGUUUGGUGUUCAAUAACUCUGUGCCGGUGCAGAACCCGCGCGGAACCACCAGUAAGUUCAUCGUGUCCGUGUGGGCCUUCUUCGCCGUCAUCUUCCUGGCCAGCUACACCGCCAACCUGGCCGCCUUUAUGAUCCAGGAGGAGUUCGUCGACCAGGUCACAGGCCUCAGUGACAAGAAGUUCCAGAGCCCAUACUCCUUCUCCCCUCCAUUCCGUUUUGGAACGGUACCGAACGGGAGCACUGAGAGAAACAUCAGGAAAAACUACCCAGAUAUGCACCAGUACAUGGUCAAGUACCACCAGACCGGCGUUCAUGACGCACUCAUCAGCCUUAAGACAGGGAAGCUGGAUGCGUUCAUCUACGACGCUGCAGUUCUUAACUACAUGGCGGGCCGGGAUGACGGCUGCAAGCUCGUCACCAUCGGCAGCGGAUACGUGUUUGCCACCACUGGCUACGGCAUCGCCCUACAGAAGGGCUCCUACUGGAAGCGCCUGGUGGACCUCGCCAUCCUGGGGAUCAUCGGCGACGGUGAGAUGGAGGAGCUUGAGGCCCAGUGGUUGACUGGUAUCUGUCACAAUGAGAAAAACGAGGUCAUGAGCUCGCAGCUGGACAUAGACAACAUGGCGGGCGUGUUCUACAUGCUGGCGGCCGCCAUGGCUCUGGCGCUCAUUACGUUUGUGUGGGAACACCUGUUCUACUGGAGGCUACGCUUCUGCCUCACCGGGCGCUGCUCUGGACGGCCCGGCCUACUCUUCACCAUCAGCAGGGGCAUAUGGAGUUGUAUCCACGGUGUGCAUAUUGAGCUGAAGAAGCCUCCAGAGCUGGGCUUCAGCCCUCAGCAGAACAUGCUGCAUCUCCUCAAGUCAGCCAAGGAGCUGGUCCCCGGUCGCCAGGCCAACCCCAACAUCCUGCCGCCACCCCCAGGCCUGCUCCAGAUCAUGGGCGCCGCCAAGAGCAACAGCCAGGCGGCCAAGGACACCGUCUACAGCAACACCGGCAGCCUGGUCAGCAACCGGCUCAAGGAGCCGCUCAACAACGCCGCGCUGUUGCCAGGGCAACGGGUGCUGACCAUGACCGACGCACCGCACAACCUGCCGGGAGGAGGAGGGGGUGGGGACAAGGGCGUGUCCAAUGGGGCGUCGCGUAACCCUCCUCCCGCCGCAUCCAAGCCCCGCGCACUCUGGAAGAAGUCGGUGGAGACGCUUCGCCAAGGGGCGCCGCCGGGCUCCGAGGAUCCGUCUUCCGCGGCCCCUGCCGCUGUGUCCAUGGCGACCGCCCCGGCCGCACCGCUGGAGUCACGGCUGCCCAUGAAGAGCCAGCGCUACCUGCCCGAAGAUGCCCCCGACCUCUCCGCCGCAGAGGGCAAAGGUCACGGAGGCAACGGCGCCCCCGGCAACAACAACAAGCAGGUGAAGGAGCCGCCCACGCUGCGCAAGCGAGGGCGGCUGCCUCGCGACCUCAGUGACCUCGAGCUGUCGACGCUGCGCAGCCAGCAGAGCGGCAGCAUCCAGAGCAACCACACCACCUCCGGAACCCUCCACCACCUCUUCAGCCAGAGCAGCCAGGGCAGCGGAGUGUUCACCAUAGACUCCGCCUCCCUCGACCAGGAGCCUGCCGCCCUGCACUUCCCCGACCUCUUCAGCGACCACCACCAUCACCGCGACAACGGCGGCAAGGCCAGCACCAAGGGCCCGACGGGCCCCGGCCAGCAGCCAAUCCUGCAGCUGAACAGCAGCCUGCUCUCCAGCCCGCCCCCACACCUGGCUCACGCCGCCCACCCCGACGUCAUGGCGACGGCCGUGGCGAAGGAGAAGAAGUACAACACCUACGGGAAGCCGGGGAUGGGCGGGGCCUCUGGCGGCGGCGGACCUCAGACCCACUGCCGCAGCUGCCUGUCUCGCCUCGGGGGCUCGUCCGGGAGCGGUGGCGUCGCAGGUGGCGGCUACUCGGGGCUGUACACGGUCCGUUCGCCACCGCUGCGCUGCGACGCCUGCCUGCAUUCCGCCAGCCUCUACGACAUCAGCGAGGACCAGCUGCACCCCAACGACCCCCACCCUCCUCCGCAGAUGCCCCAGUCGCCCUCCUUUACGGCCUAUCUGCCCCAGAACGACCCGUCGCACCCCGAGGGCGGUGGCCUCAUCAGCCACUUCCAGACGGAGGAGCCAAUCCGGCGCCAGCACUCCUACGAGAACCUGCCAGGGCAGAGUGGGCCGCGCCGCGUCAGUCUGCAGGAGGCUAGCCCCUACGCCAACCUGCCCCCGGUGUCCCCCUCUCCGGCGCCCCCCGGUGGCCUGGCUGGCAUGGCAGGCGUGAGCGGGCUGGGCGUGGGCCGCCGGAGCAAGUCGCUGUACCCGCUGCGCCCGUCAGAGAACCCGUUCCUGCAGACGCUGCGUGACGACCAGCGGUUGGCCCACGGCCGCAGCUCCACGGACAUCUACAAGCAGCUGGUGCCGCUCACAUUAGGCACGAGCAUGGGCACGGGUGGCAUGACCCCCACCUCGCCCUCGCCCUCUCACGUCCACGCCCACCACGGCCACCACGGCCACGCCGCGCUGCUGGCCUCCGAGCUGUUCUACCCGGAGCACAUGAUGCCCUACGUGGCACCGCCACCUCCCCUGCAGGGCACAUACCCAGCGCCUCGCGCCAUGAGCGCCGGUGGGGCCCGGCGCGUCUACAAGAGGAUGCCCAGCAUCGAGUCCGACGUCUAGACCUCCCCAGGCCUACAGGGGGCGCCCCCCCUCGGGGCGGGUUGUCUAGGCGACGCAGGAGAGCGGGGGUGGCCAUGCAUGUCGUCUAGGCAAUGCAGGAGAGAGGGUGUACAUGUGUGUGUAGGGUCCAGCUGACUCUGGGAUGAAUCUGGGUUGGUAUGUGUGCAUCUGCUGUGGCUUGAGGAACAAAUCAAGGGGGUAAAUUCAGAGUAAGUAAGAUCAGGACCAAAUUGGGCUAAAUCAGAACUAAUUCCUGGCUAAAUCAAGGAUAAAUCGGGGCCAGGACAGGGGCAAAUGAAGGCAAAUGUGGGGCAAAUGAAGGCUAGAUGAGGGGCAAAUGAAGGCUAGAUGAGGGGCAAAUGAGGGCUAGAUGAGGGGCAAAUGAAAGGCAAAUGAGGGCUAGAUGAGGGGCAAAUGAAGGCUAGAUGAGGGGCAAAUGAGGGCUAGAUGAGGGGCAAAUGAAGGUAAAUGAGGGGCAAAUGAGUGCUAGGUGAGGGGCAAAUGAAGGCAAAUGAGUGCUAGGUGAGGGGCAAAUGAAGGCUAAUGAAGGCAAAUUAGGGCUAGAUGAGGGGCAAAUGAGGGCUAGAUGAGGGGCAAAUGAAGGCAAAUGAGGGGCAAAUGAGGGCCAGAUGAGGGGCAAAUGAAGGCUAGAUGAGGGGCAAAUGAAGGAAAAUGAGGGGAAAAUGAAGGCUAGAUGAGGGGCAAAUGAAGGCAAAUGAGGGCUAGAUGAGGGGCAAAUGAAGGCUAAUGAGGGCCAAAUGAGGGCUAGAUGAGGGGCAAAUGAAGGCAAAUGAGGGCUAGAUGAGGGGCAAAUGAAGGCUAGAUGAGGGGCAAAUGAAGGAAAAUGAGGGCUAGAUGAGGGGCAAAUGAAGGCAAAUGAGGGGCAAAUGAAGGCUAGAUUAGGGGCAAAUGAAGGCAAAUGAGGGGCAAAUGAGGGCUAGAUGAGGGGCAAAUGAGCACUAGAUGAGGGGCAAAUGAGGGCUAGAUGAGGGGCAAAUGAAGGCUAGAUGAGGGGCAAAUGAAGGAAAAUGAGGGCUAGAUGAGGGGCAAAUGAAGGCAAAUUAGGGGCAAAUGAAGGCUAGAUGAGGGGCAAAUGAAGGAAAAUGAGGGGCAAAUGAAGGUAAAUGAGGGGCAAAUGAGGGCUAGAUGAGGGGCAAAUGAGCACUAGAUGAGGGGCAAAUGAGGGCUAGAUGAGGGGCAAAUGAAGGCAAAUGAGGUGCAAAUGAGGACCAGCUCAGAGACAGAGUCAGCUGUAGUAGUAAAUAGUGAUUUUUCUAGGUGUUGGUGUGUGUGUGUGUGUGUGUGUGUGUGUGUAUGCGUGUGUCCGGGUGAUGUAGGUUUAGAUAUGGGGGGUGGGGGGGUUAAAGGGUUCCAGGUUGCCUGUGCUCCUGUGUGACAAACUUUUCCACUUGCAAUCUAUUUCUGCAUCAGGGUCAAAGGUCAAAUCACACGUCAGGUCAUGACCUUCGUGCCUGCUGCUGAAGGUCAAAUCACUUAUCAGGUCAUGACCUCCAUGCCUGGUGGUGGGGUUCAAAGGUCAACUCUCACGUCAGGUCAUGACCUCCAUGCCUGGUGGUGGGGUUCAAAGGUUAAAGGUCAACUCUCACGUCAGGUCAUGACCUCCAUGGCUACUGGUGGCGCUGUGUCAAAGGUCAAAUAUCACGUCAGGUCAUGACCUCCAUGGCUACUGGUGGCCUUGUGUCAAAGGUCAAAUGUCACAUCAGGUCGUGACCUCCAUGGCUACUGGUGGCCUUGUGUCAAAGGUCAAAUGUCACAUCAGGUCAUGACCUCCACGGCUUCUGGUGGCGCUGUGUCUUCCACAAUCUUCUGAAGGUCAAAGGUGAAGGGUGGGGGUCAAUGCACACGGACUCUGCAACGGCACCCACUCUGAGGCUGCUGACCAUGUCCAGCCUGAUGAACAAACAAACAAGUGGACAAACGAGUAAACAACCACAUGGCAGAAAACAAGCAAACACUAAUCGACAAUCCAGAGGUGUACAAGCUGAACUCAGUGAGGCGGCUUCAGGACAGUAUGGAUUACAUUGACCAGUGUUUUGAUUUCCUACUGUAUUUAGUUAUUUAUUUAUUUAUUGUUUGUUUAUUAUUUGCACUAAACACCCUGGAGAGCCAGACGGCAGCUUACUCUGGAAAAUAUCCGGCCCUGGUAGACACAUACAUAUACACUCAUUCACACAAACACACACACACAUACAUAUACACUCAUUUACACACACACACACACAUAAACUCUCUCUCUCUCUCACACACACACACACACACAGAUGAGGGCAGGUUGUUUUCCAGAGUGGGUAGCUCUAUGGGGAAAUGUGUUCUCUCUCUCUUUCUGUAAGUAGUCCUGUGCUAGAGCCAGAGAAGGCCCUUAGCUCCUGUAGAAACACACUCCUCCUCUCCUCUCCUCCCCUUCUCCUCCUCCUCCUCCUCCUCUCCUCAUCCCAUUAGCUCCUGUAGAAACACACUCCUCCUCUCCUCCUCCUCAGCUCCUCAUCCCAUUAGCUCCUGUAGAAACACACUCCUCCUCUCCUCCCCUCCUCCUCCUCAGCUCCUCCUCCCAUUAGCUCCUGUAGAAACACACUCCUCCUCCUCCUCUCCUCCCCUUCUCCUCCUCAGCUCCUCAUCCCAUUAGCUCCUGUAGAAACACACUCCUCCCCUUCUCCUCCUCCUCCUCCUCCUCCUCUCCUCAUCCCAUUAGCUCCUGUAGAAACACACUCCUCCUCUCCUCCUCCUCAGCUCCUCAUCCCAUUAGCUCCUGUAGAAACACACUCCUCCUCUCCUCCCCUCCUCCUCCUCAGCUCCUCAUCCCAUUAGCUCCUGUAGAAACACACUCCUCCUCCCAUUAGCUCCUGUAGAAACACACUCCUCCUCUCCUCCCCUCCUCCUCCUCAGCUCCUCCUCCUCCUCUCCUCAUCCCAUUAGCUCCUGUAGAAACACACUCCUCCUCCCAUUAGCUCCUGUAGAAACACACUCCUCCUCCCAU